AUGGAACUUCUCUGGUUCCCCAUCUUGUUCUUGCUUGCUGGGACCCCGCAAAGCAGCGCCUCAGAACGCUGUGAUGACUGGGGGCUGGACCCCAUGCGGCAGAUCCAGGUCUACGAGGGGGAGCCGGCCCACAUUCAGUGCCCACUCUUUGAACACUUCUUAAAAUUUAACUACAGCACUGCCCACUCAGCCGGCCUAACCCUCAUCUGGUAUUGGACCGGACAAGACCAGGAUCUGGAGGAACCCAUCAACUUCCGCCUCCCGGACAACCGGAUCAGCAAGGAGAAAGAUCUCAUUUGGUUCCGGCCCACUCUGCUCAAUGACACAGGGAACUAUACCUGCAUGCUGAGAAACACCACUUACUGCAGCAAAGUGGCCUUCCCUUUGGAAGUGAUCCAGAAAAGCAGUUGUUUCAGUUCAAGAAUGAAGGUGCCCAGGGAGUACCUGUAUGUAGAGCAUACCCUGCAGACUCUAAAGUGCCCAAACAUUGAGGGAUUUUUUCCUUCCAGCGUUCAGCCAAAGGUCAUUUGGUACAUGAGUAAACCGAGGCCCAGGACCCAAAGCUACACAGAGAGUAAAAGUCAGGAUGCAAACCCUGCUCUGAGGACUCCAAAUCCAACAUCCCUUCAACCAUCCUCAUCUAGAGAUGGGGAAACCGACACUCCGAUUUGUGACAUAGUGAAAAACUUCUUUAAAGUGGACGUGAAUGGCACUGAGCUCAUCUUCACCUACGUCCUCACUUCUAAUUCAGCAAACUACACAUGUGUAGUGACUUACCCAGAGAACGGUCGGAUCUUUAACCUCACCCGAACUGUGGAGGUCAAGGUGGCAGAUGAUCAUUAUCCAGCCCCAGUCUCUCUUCUGGGCACCUAUCCUAUAUCACGCCAACUCUUGUUGAACAUUUUGAACAGGAUUGAGACAGUCUCAGUUAUUGGAGACAGAACAAUAACCAGGAUACUGAGCAUCAAAAAAGUGACUUCUGAGGACCUGAAACGCAACUACACCUGCCACGCAAGAAAUGAAAAAGGAGAAUCUGUAAAACAAGCCAUUGUGAAACAGAUAGUGGUACCUCCAAGAUACACCGUGGAGCUGGCCUGUGGAUUUGCAGUGACCAUUGUGCUCAUCAUCAUUCUGAUUGUAGUCUACCAUGUCUAUUGGCUUGAGAUGGUCCUGUUCUACCGGGCUCAUUUUGGGACAGAUGAAACCAUUUUGGAUGGGAAAGAGUAUGAUAUUUAUGUUUCCUAUGCAAGGAAUGCUGAAGAAGAGGAAUUCGUCCUUCUGACUCUCCGAGGAGUGUUGGAGAAUGAAUUCGGAUACAAGCUGUGCAUCUUUGACAGAGAUAGCCUGCCUGGGGGAAACACAGUAGAAGCUGUUUUUGACUUCAUUCAGAGAAGCCGGAGAAUGAUUGUGGUCCUCAGCCCUGACUACCUGACUGAGAAGAGCAUUAGCCUGUUGGAGUUUAAGCUGGGGGUGCUUUGCCAGAAUUCCAUCGCGACCCAGCUGGUGGUGGUGGAGUACCGGCCCCUGGAGCAGCCACACCCAAGCAUCCUCCAGCUGAAAGAUUCUGUCUCCUUUGUCAGCUGGGAGGGGGAGAGGUCCAAACGAUCAGGCUCCAAAUUCUGGAAGGCCUUGCGCUUGGCUUUGCCUCUGAGGAGCCUGAGUGCUGGCUCUGGCUGGAAUGAAAGCUGCUCUUCCCAAUCCGAUAUAAGCCUUGACCAUAUCCAGAGAAGGAGGGGCCGAUUGAAAGUACCACAAGAGUUCCUGGGUUCAAGGAGAGCUACAGGGGCAGGUCCACCCACUCCAGGGGCAGCAGCCAAGCACCAAGGCAAGCCCUCAGUGGCUUGUCGGUGUUGUGUCACCUAUUGCAAAGGAGAGAAACCACUCAGGAACAAGAACCGAGCAGAUGCUCCCAUUCAGCCCCAGUGGGAGACUCACCUUUGCAAACCUGUCCCCCAGCAGGUGGGAACUCAUUGGGUUCAAAAUGGUAACAGAUCGAGCACACCGGCUCCCCAGAUCUCAGCUCUUGCCCUCCAUCAUUUCACAGAUCUGUCCAAUAACAACGACUUCUAUGUCCUCUGA